CAUCGUCAUCAUUAUUUUUUUUCAAAACUUUUCUACAGAAACAAAACGAAAUAACUUUACCUUAAACAAAACAAAAAAUGAUGAAAACUAUCAUUAUAAUUGUGUUGAUGUCAAUGAUGACCACAUCAAUCAUGGCUAAAACUGCUGAAGAAUUGAACAAAAAACAAUUGGAUUUGCUUAAUGAAGCAAAUGAAUGGAUAAAAAGUGCAAAUGAUUGUUGGAACAAAUACGGUAAAUCGAAAUAUAAUGAAAAUACAAAAAAAUAUAAGGAAUAUCAUCUGAGAUUAAUGCAAAUCGACAAGAAGCAGCAAGACAUUCGACUAACUAAUGAAGAAAAAUAUUUGGAUAUUUAUGAACAAGAAAUGCAUCUAUUUGAAACUGAAUUAAGAGAUAAAAUGUCGGAAUUUGGAUGUCAGGUGCCAAAUGGAGCCAAUCAUAAUAUUAUGACCACAACCAUUAUGAUUAUGUUAAUAAUGUUGGCAAUGAAUUUUGUUCGUUAAAAUUAUAAUAUUUUUAUAAGUAAAAAUUAAAAUAAAAUUCUGUUCUCAAUA